UUGUUGUUGUGAAACUAAAGUCAUUUUUGUAAUUUCGUGCUGUUUAAAAGUUUUCCAAUUAUUUUUACGAAAUAUUUAAAUUAAAAUGCAUUUAUUAAUACUAUACGGUAGUCAAACUGGCACUGCACAAGAUAUAGCUGAACAAUUAUGGCGUUCCUCUAAGAAAUAUGGGUUUCAAGGCCCAGUCUUGCCUAUGGAUGAAUUUCCCAUACAUAAACUAAUUGAGCAGACUUUAGUAUUGUUUGUGGUAGCUACCACUGGUGACGGUGAUGAACCAGAUAAUAUGCGUAAUUCUUGGAAAUUUUUACUUCGUCGUAGUUUACCCUCCAAUUCAUUAGAGAAUAUGAAAUUCGCCUGUCUAGGCCUAGGGGACUCUAGUUAUGCCAAGUUCAAUUAUGCAUCCAAGAAACUAAAUAAACGACUCCAACAACUAGGAGCAAAACAGAUUAUACCUUUAGGUUUGUGUGAUGAUCAACAUGAUCACGGUUUAAGUGCAGUAGCUUUACCAUGGAUGGAUCAACUUUGGAAGCAGUUACAACAAAAUAUUGAUAUUAACGCAAAAGACAUGAAUGGACUAGAUAAUGCAGCAUCAGUUUUUAGAUGGCAAUGCAAAAUAUUAAACGGAAAAAAGGAAGGCUUUGUCAAUAAUGAGGAUAAUGACCAAAUUCUUUGGCCAUAUAAGGAUGCGCCCGAAAAGUUGACUCUCAAAAGCAAUAAACGCACAACAGAUUACUCACAUUUUCAAGAUGUUAGAUUGCUGGAAUUUACCACUUCUGAUAGUACAAAUUGGUCACCGGGAGAUAUUCUACAAGUGCAACCUCAAAAUUCAUCAAAACAAGUUGAUGAUUUCUUUUCAUGGGCCCAAGAACAUCAACUUGAUUUCACGCCAGAUACUUUAGUGGAAAUCUUCAGUAUUCAUGACGAUAUGCCCCUGCCCAAAUGCUAUUCUAAACCAUUGACAGUCAAACAAAUGGUUACAUAUUUAUGGGAUUUGAGCUUUCGUCCUCGUCAGCGGGUAUUUGAACUUUUGGCUUUAAACUGUGAAGAUGAAUUGGAAAAAGAGAAACUUUUAGAGUUUACCACAGCAGAAGGUCUGGAUGAUCUUAUAAAUUAUAUAAAUCGUCCUCGCAGAACUAUUUUGGAAGUAUUGCAAGAUUUUCGACAUGCUUCCUCCAAAUUGUCGCUAAAUGUUUUAAUAGAAAUGUUUACAUUUAUUCAGCCCAGAAGCUUUUCAAUAGCCAGUUGCAAAGAAUCAGGUCAGCUGGAUUUGCUAGUUGCUGUGGUAGAAUACAAAACAAAACUCUCUACUCCCAGACAGGGUUUGUGUUCAAAUUGGCUCAAAAAUCUUAAGCCAGACACACAAAUAUAUGGUUGUAUAAAAUCGGGCACAAUGAAACUUCCCAAAGAUAUUUCCACGCCCCUGAUUGUAGUGGGACCUGGUACUGGUAUAGCACCAUUUCGCAGCAUAAUACAAAGCCGUUACAUAAACAAAUCAGAAAAUGAUAGUUUACAACCCGUCGUAUUUGUAUUUUUUGGUUGCCGCAAUCGAAAAAAUGAUUUUCAUUUUCAGGAAGACUUGCAAAAAUGGCAUGCAGAGAAAUACAUUUCCCUUUAUUGUGCAUUUUCCAGAGAUCAGGAUAAUAAGAUCUAUGUACAGCAUUUGAUUGAAGAAAAUGCUGAUAAAUUGAAACCUCUAAUAAUGGAAAAGGGUGCAUUUAUUUUGGUGUCUGGUUCUUCAAAAAAUAUGCCAAAGUCUGUAAAGGAAGCUUUUACAAAAGUUGUGGACAACAAUGAGGCCUUAAUAGAACAAUUAAUAAAAACAAAAAGAUAUCAAGAGGAAACUUGGUCUUAAAUAGUACAAAUUUAUUUAUAAAUAUAAAUUUAUAUAAACAAUAAAUAUAUUUAAGCUAAAAAUUUAAUAAUCUUCAAAUAGUUUUUCCGCGGCUGUGCGACAAAAUGGACAAAAGCCCUUUUGUAAAACUUGCAACUCGAAAUCCUCGGCAUAAAAGACCUGAAAAAAAUACAGUGGAUUUAUAAUUUUAGAAAUAUUUAUGUAAAAAAAAACUUACCAGCAAACAUUCAGGACAAUAUGUAACUUGUAAGUCUGGCAAAAUAUUGCGAUAAAAUAUAAAUUUACUAUUUGCUUUAGAACGACGUUUUAAAAUUAAUACAUGAUUUGGAUCUAUAGAACGUAAGGCACUGCGAUCUAAACUUAAUGCGGUAAUUGUUUAACCCACUUACCUCAUUAAAUGGAUCUUGAUCUUCAUUGGUUUUGGGUGGAGCUAAGAGUAAAUGUUCAGCUUCGUUAUCAGUAAUGUCCAUUUCCGGGUAAAAUUCUACUAAUGUUGUUACUUAAUACCGAAUGAUAUAAAUGAAAAUAUAUAAUCCUGACGACAAGUAGGACAGGAAUUUCCAUUUAAA